AAUUAUUCAACAUGCUACUAACUUGUGAUCGUUGUGAUAGGGACAAAACAGCGGUAAAUGCGGUUGUGAGGGUUAUGAGUUUCGCGAAACUGUGUUUUGUGGAGUGAUGGUUCUUAAGUACUGCGAGGUGUUAGAUGAUAGUAGAUUGUUCGUUAAAAAGAGUUAACCAUGUUUUUAUUCUGUUGCUGUAUGUAACUGUAUUGGAAGGUAGACUUCGAUGUGCUGUUACGCUGUUGGGUCAUGUAAAUAUUGGGAGUUAGUUUGUUAUUGAAAACACAAUUUCUCAGCAAAUCUGGAUGAAAAGAAGGAAGUAAUGAUCGCUGCCUCCGAACUCCAGGAGUUUGUGCCGUGUGGCCGGCAGCAAAUAAAACAGCAUCCCGGUGAGGUGGUGUUGCCAACUACACAACCACAGCUACAUCCAGAAUCAUUCCUCCUUCAUCGUCUAAGUCAAGUGGCCAUAUCAGACACUUCCAAGGAAUCAGAGUGGUGGCAUAUCUGUGCUAGUAAGAAGGGUGAUCUUCAGUGUGAGGAGGAGUUGUAUGUAAAGGGGAAGACAGCAGUCUGGAGUCGGGGGGUUGAUGGCAGUCGAGUGGUGAUCUGUUGCUACACAUGUGAGACACCUGUCAGAAAUGCUCUAUGGUGCACAUUCCAUACUGCUGCAUCAGACAAACCUGUUCUCGAAUCUCAUGGGUCCAUAUCCACAGAGGAACCUAAAGGCACUCCCAUGUCAUGUGUCUGUAUAGUUGACUCACAUAAUCUGAAAGUAUAUACCAGUGAGGGUGGAGAUUAUGUUUCAUCUUUGCAGUUCCAGGUGGGCAAUGUGUGGAGCACCAAGUUUGGCAUCAUGUUUGAGCGAGACAUGGAAAGAAUGCAAAAGGUUACCAGCAGCUCUGUGUCUGAAAUGCACAGUACUGUCGGAAAUUUCCCACAGCUGCCCACUGUUUUUGCAUUACUUCAUCCAUUGGAUGAAGUUUCCCCAGUGCUGGCCAAGCAUGGAGGAUUGUCCUACAUGUCAGACCCAUGCCAAAAGAUUGUCUUCACCAGUGAGGAACCUUCUAUAUGUAUGCUGUAUGACACCAGAACAGGCCUUCACAGUGUCUGGAAGGUUCGCAAGGCACUACCUGAGGAGUGUCAGGCCAUAUGUAGCUGUGUGGAGAGUUCAUUGAACCAUUCAUCUGCUUCAAUAGUAGCAAUUGGCAGUAGCAGUAGCAGCAUGAAGACACAUUCUGUAUUUGCCGGCACAACCACAGAUGGCAACAGGAGCAGCUUUACUUCAUCACCCCAAAUGUCCCGUUCACACAGUCCCAUGGCUGCCAUCAGCCGAUGCCAGUCCUCGAGUGCAUCUGCUAGCAACUUGACACGCCUCACUCUCACGCCAUCUCCUCGUGGCUGGCAGUCAUCGCGCCACAAUCACAUAUCCUCAUGGUCUCCAGGUUCUGGGACUCCGCCUCCUGAUUCAAGGAUGAUGACAAGUAUGACCGUGGUUGAUAACGUGGCGGAUGCAAAGCCUGUUUUUCCUGAGUUGUGUCUAGAACACAUUUGGACUGAGAACCUUGGUGUCCCUCGGGAUGUGUCUUAUGGACCCAGCAAUAGAGUGUUCCUGAGUUCAGAUCUAGUGGGACAAACGUACUUAUGUUACCUGGUUCCUUCACUUAGCCAGCUGUUCUGCACAAGACUUGAGAAAGUUAACAGUGAGCAGAAACUUGUCUUUGGAGUAGUAAACAACAUCACUGCCAAGGAUGCAGCCCCCCUUCCACAACUGAACAUGAUCGUGGCAGUGGAUUUGACUGGAGGCAUUGUGCUGUACUCGGGGAUGAAUCUGGUUGGCAAAGUUCAUGUAGCUGGGAUACCAUCUGCUCUCACAACAUCUUCAUAUCUGUCGCUCAACCUUGGCUCACAAUUUGCUACACCAUUUCCCAGGAGGAGCAGCCUGUUACCCACGAGUCGAUCCACUUCAGCCAUGGAUCCCCGAUUUGAUGAUGAAGUGUGUCUGUUGUCACCUGUUCAUGCUGCCCAUGGGGCUGUUAACACUAUGCUGUCUGUGGAUGAAGCAGAAGGUUUUCCACUGUCCAUGCCUCGCCAGGGGCAGCUGUCAGGACUCAGAGAUGCAGUUGGCAGCCGGGUCACUCUGGAGUACAGUGAUGGCUCUCUGUUCCGAAUGUCACUCCCACAGCUCUGCUCCAGUCCGCUUGUGUCAGAAUGUCUGAGCACUAUGAAGCAAGUGCUGCAGCGAGACCUUGCUAUGCAUGUUCUGAUCAAGUGGUAUGGUGUGCGCAAUGCACCAGGUACCCAGGACAUCUCUCCAGCUCAAGAAUGGCAGCUCUUCAUUGGAGUGCUGCUUGAACUUCUGGGAUAUGAUGUGGACAAGCUGCCUGUGAUCCACCAGCAGGAGUCAGAUGUCACUGGAAUAUCAGGUGUUCUAACUAAGAAGAAGCGAGUGUCGGACAGUGGAUCUGAGUCAGACUGGGAUUACUUGCUGCUGUCAGCCCAUCACCGUGCACUGGGCCAUGGGCUUGCCUGCUUACUGGGACUGCAACCUGUUGAGGCAGUUGGCCCAUCCUUUAGCCCGCCACCUGUCCCACAGAUCAAUACCAGUGCAAUACUGUUUAACAGUAUUACCCUUAUUCUGUUCUCUCUGCACCUGCUGUAUGAGGAACUCAAGCUGAACAUGCUGCUAGCAGAGAGCUUGCCACUCCUAGCCCAGCUCCUGCAUCAGCUGGCCUCUGAUCUUAAAAUGCAGGAGUACAUUCUUCACUACUGGAAGGACUUCCCGUUCCACUGUCCCCUGGUGAAUUCCUCAUUGCAAGAGAGCCAGAUCUCUGAUCUCGACAUCAAGAAGUUGUCAUUGCGAAGCUUCAUACCAAUGGAUCCCCCAAGUAUCUUCCAACAUGUUUACCAGUUGAUACGGGGGCAAGAUACAGAGCCUUUUCCUUAUAUUAGCAAUGUCAAUAAGAAGACAAAAGACAUAGUGCAGUUGGUAGUGCUGCUGACGCUUGGCUACCAGUUUCCACAUUUGCAGUUAGAUAACUUUGUGAAACCGGUUGUUCCUGCUGGAAGCAGGGCAGAGCCCCAAGAAGUGCUGUCAUCCAGCGGUACUGGAAAUAGUUCGAAGUACCCAAUGCCAUACCGAGCUGUGCUACUCAUGGCGGAAAUGGGCAUGACACGGCGAGAGUUGCAGACUUUGCCGGCAGGCAUAGCUCUAUUGCUGAAUGACGCCAUCUACAGCUGUCGUAAAGACCCACCUUCUGAUUGGCCAGAGUCAGCAUACAGACUGAUAGUACGACAAGACCUGGCUGCACAUUGCUGCCAGUCUAAGACACCUGGGCCUACCAGUGGUAGCAGCAGCAGCAGCAGUGGUAACACUCUGUAUUCCCACCUCCCUCAGUCCGGCUCUCCAUCUUCGAACGGUAAUGAUGCCAGCAGGAAAACAGCUGCGGCAGCUGUCACUCGCGUGACAGAAUGUGAGCAGGAUGAUGGCAUGGAGACCAUGGACCAGGAAAUUCUCAAGCUACGGUUCAGCAAAGAUCAUCGAGUGGCUGAGGUGCGUCGCCUGCUGCAGUCCUCCCACCCCGUGCAGAUUUCUAUUACGCAGCGGCCUGAGGUAUCAGAUCACGAGUUCAUAGAGGAGCAGGAGAAGCACCUGUAUGCCAUUUGCACCCGUACAAUGGCACUGCCUGUUGGCAGGGGAAUGUUCACCCUUCGCACUGCUGCUCCUGUGGUGACUGAGACAUUACCAAUUCCCCGCCUGUGUCUCACUGGCCGAGCCCCUCCAAGAGGCACCACUGUGGACUUAUCACACAUUGAAGUAGUUCCUAACAUGAACCUAUGGCCGCUGUUUCACAAUGGAGUUGCUGCUGGCCUCCGGAUUGCUCCUAAUGCAACUAACAUUGAUUCAAACUGGAUUGUUUUCAAUAAACCUAAGGGUACAAGUGAGGUACCAACGGAGCAUGCUGGCUUACUCAUGGCAUUAGGUCUGAAUGGUCAUUUGAAUAACUUGGCUGAGUUGUACACCUAUGAAUAUCUAAUAAAGUGUCAUGAGAUGACAAGUGUGGGGCUGUUGCUAGGUGUCGCAGCUACCAAGAGAGGCACAAUGGACGUCGCCACCACAAAACUGAUGGGCGUCCAUGUUGAGGCGCUUCUCCCACCUACAUCCAUUGAGCUUGAUGUUCCACAGAAUAUUCAAGUUGCAGCUCUGCUUGGUGUAGGGCUCAUCUUUGAAGGCACUGCCCACAGACAUAUUGCAGAGGUGCUUCUGUCAGAGAUAGGGCGCCCACCGGGACCUGAGAUGGAGAACAGCUUGGAUAGGGAAUCGUAUUCACUAGCAGCUGGACUUGCACUUGGGCUGGUGGUUCUGGGCAAAGGGUCCAAGCUCUCUGGACUGGGAGACUUGGCUGUGCCUGAUACACUGCAUUACUACAUGGUGGGGGGUCACCGACGUCCCCUUAUAGGCUCCCAGAAGGAGAAGUACAAGUCCCCGAGCUACCAGAUUCGGGAGGGCGACUCAGUUAACAUAGAUGUCACCAGUCCGGGUGCAACACUUGCUCUUGGUAUGAUGUACUUCAAUACUGGCAACAGGGCUGUAGCUGACUGGAUGAAAGCCCCUGAUACCCAGUAUUUACUGGAUUUUGUGCGACCAGACUUCCUAUUGCUCCGCAUAAUUGCACGCUCUCUCAUCCUUUGGGAUGAUAUCCUGCCGACAUCAGAAUGGGUGGAGUCCAACCUCCCAGCCACCAUCCGACCCUACUGCCUGGUGAAGCCUCGACCAGGCAUGCCUGACAAUGUGGAUUAUGAAACAAUGAAUCAAGCAUACUGCAAUAUAUUGGCUGGAGCUUGCAUGGCACUGGGUCUGCGGUUUGCCGGUUCUGCCAACAACGAGGCAUUUGAGACGCUGUUGAAAUAUGCAAAGACAUUUACGUUCCUUACCGGGAAAUCCAUUGCAGAACUUGCUGGCAAGUCGACCAUAGAGACCUGUCUCAAUGUGAUUCUGCUGUCCCUUGCUAUGGUGAUGGCUGGUACAGGGGAACUUGAGGUGCUACGUAAGUGUCGCUACCUGCGAUCCCGAGUAGGACCAACCAAUAGUGUAAUAACUUAUGGCUCACACCUUGCCACACAUAUGGCUCUGGGACUGUUGUUCCUGGGCAGUGGACACUACACCCUUGGCACUUCACCCUCUGCUGUUGCUGCUAUGAUCUGUGCCUUCUUUCCAAAGUUCCCUACGCACAGCAAUGACAACAGGUAUCAUCUUCAGGCAUUCAGGCACUUGUAUGUUCUGGCUGUGGAGCCCCGACUUCUGGUACCCCGGGACAUUGACACUGGUCACCUGUGUUAUGUUCAUCUGACAGUUGUGUACCUGGAUACAGUACAUUACACUGAACAGCAGGUCCGACUGCGAGCUCCGUGUAUACUUCCUGAACUAAGAAAAUUGCAGGAGGUGAAGGUGGAGGAUGACCGAUACUGGGGCAUAGUGUUCCACCGUGACCACAACUGGAACCAGUUGCAGAACUUGCUGGAUAACUCUGGCUGUUUGGAUGUGAAGCAGCGAGCCGGCUGUCUCUCAUACCUGGAAGACCCGCAGGGCUUCCGCAGUCUGCUUGCACAAACACUCACCAGUGAGACUGUCAUCUCCUGGUCUGUCCCGGCAGAGUCUAUCUGUGCGUUCUCAUCAGACCCGACAAUGGUGAAUUUUGCCCAUCACUUCCUUGAAACAGAAGGCUGUAAUGGCAGCAGUGAUGAACUGGAGGUGAUGCAGAUGCUAACAAGACUAGUGUAUGAGUGUGUCACUCAGGAUAAGCUGGGCAUCGUCCCUAUUUGGAUUACUCUGCUUAAGGCUUUGAUGAAUCUGCGCCCAAGGCAGGCACAUGUGUUCCUCACCUGGCAACUGAAGUUGCUAGCUGCACAAGUGCUGACACACAGGACACCUAUUAGCUCACAGCACUUGGUGGCCCCCAGUUUGGCACUUUCAGUACAGCAGUACGUCAACAAAGUUCUGGAUUCAUGGCAGACAGAACUUGCGCCAUUGCUGCGCCAAUAUAUGACUGGUAACCUGCAUCAGAAAAGUGAACAUUUGCGCCAGCUGGUGACAUAUCUCACAUAUUGUGACAUUCCUUCACCUAGCAAGAUUGCUCCACUGUUAGAAGGGAACAUGGAUCUGGUGUCUCUGUAUGCUCGACUGCAACCACUAGGUCUUCCAAUGGACACAUUUUGCAGAAUACAGGAUGUCAUGUCCAGUACUUCACAGAUCACAUGAUUGAACAUAAAACUAGUGUAAAGCUUGUGUGGAUGGGUGCAAAUUGAUGAAUAUAUUCAAUGUGAACACAUAGGGGUCAACUUUUGUUAUGUUUGCUGUAAGCAUUAAAAUCAGUUACACGAACCCACAGACUUGACUCACGAGCAUGAUGGUAUAGUGACUUUUCUGAAAUGUGCAUUAUGCACAUAUAAACAUACCAUAAUACAUACCUGAAAAACUUUUUUCUGUAUUCAUAGCUUCACAUGCUAUAAUUUAAGUUACUUUUUCAUCUUAUAUAAACCAUUAAUUACAUUUGUCAAAGUUGUGUUAAUAUAAAAGAAAAUUAACUGUUUAAUGUAUCUAUGAUAUGCUGAAUUCGAAUCUGGACACAAAAAUGUUUGCAUUAAAACUGUAUAGAUAUGCUAUAUGUUGCAGGUUUACAACAUGUUUCAGCCUUUGAGCCAUCAUCAGGUAUUAUACAUUCACCUUUGACUUACCAGCUUGUAAUAUAUAAUAUAAUAUCUUUAUUGCUUCAAGAAAAACGUACAGGCGACACAAUCACCACAGUUGUAAAAGCAGUCCCAAAUAGUAACAUAUACUGUAAUAAAACAGUUGCAAUAAUACAACUUAGUCAAUGCUUAGUAUAAUAGAUCAAUAAUAACUAAAACAUGGACAUUAUAAGCAAUUGAUAAUAAAAGUAUACAUACAUUUAUACAAAGUCUACAAAAACUACUACACACAAGUGUAUCUAAAUAAAAAAAAAUAUUCACCUGUA